AUGUCACCUCCCAUUGCAGUAGUGGUACAGCCGCAGCCUAGUACGUCUUCCAGAACAAACAAGGUGCUUGAACAAUUAAGUAGCAAGUAUGAAGCUAUCCAAAAUGAGAUCAGUACUACCAAAGCACAGUUGGAAACCCUUCGCCAGGCUAAAUUACAAAAUGAAAAGGAUACGCAAUAUUACCUUAGUUCAAACAAGGUUUAUCGGGAUCGCAUAAAGGAAAUUAUGCAGGCACUCGAGUCAAAACAAAAACUAUUGGAUGAAACCAAAAAGGUCUCUAGUCAACUCGAACUCAAGGUAAAGCAAUUAAAAGAUGAAGCCCUAGCGUCUCGUCGUCAACUAGAAGACUUGAGAAAACGAGAACAAGUGCUGGAGCAUGAUCGAGAUAUUGCAGUCAAGGAAAAGAAUCAAUUGAAGCAUAAACAUCAUCUCCUGGGAGAUUCUGUUGAACAACUCCGUGAUAGAUGUCAAAGGGAAAUGGCACUUCUCGAAAAGGAUCACUCUCUGCUUGUGGAGCAAGCAAAAUACAUUACAGAAAGGAACGAACUCAUGAUGGAACUCAUUAAUAUCAAACUAAAACAACGCCGUCAACAUACAGACAAUAUUGCAUUAAUGAAAAAGCAGUUGCAGGCAAACACAGAAACAUUUGUUGGAUAUGUUAAUUCACUUUUGGAUGUGUUGAAGAGUGAAGUAGAGAAAUCGGUUACUCAAACAAGGGAUUGCACAAGUGCAUCCAUACAAUGUCGAGGAGAAGUGAAUGGUUUACUCUCAAGAAUAAAGACAAUUGCAGCAGAAAUUACAGCUUCUGAAAAAUAA